AUGGCGAGUUCCGGAAAAAAGGAGGAAGAUAGUCAGCACAGACAUCGACAUCAUCAUCCAGAUGUAGCUGUUUUGGAUGGAAAUGAAGAAGAUGUUGAUAAAGAGUGGGAAGAUUUCACUCGUCUCAUGGCCAAAUUAAGGAACAGUCGGUCAAAUCGACCUAAUAGACCUUCUCAGGCAUUCUACCCCUGCCCGCCACCCAAAGAAGAUGACCAGCAAGAGUUUGAUCCCUUUGAUUAUCUUAAUACUAUUAUGUAUGGUCGCUAUACGAAGGACCUGGGUGAAUUCGCAAAGGAAGAAGCACGGAAACUUAAGUCCCACGAUAAGGCCCGAAGAAAGCUGGACAAGGUCAGAGCCGAAGACUUGAGAAAAUCACGACGUGGCCCAGUAUGUCGGAAAGCAGUAGCGUUGCUAGCGUUCAUCUGGAAGCACACUGGAGCGAGGUUGGGUGAAGAUUGGGUGUUCUUAGCUCUGCUUGGAAUCAUAAUGGCGCUGAUCAGCUACGCGAUGGACCGCGGAAUAUCCAUGUGCAACAACGCCAGGAUAUGGCUGUAUCAAGACUUGACGUCGCACCCGGCGUUGCAGUACCUAGCGUGGGUGUCCUUACCAGUGUGCCUGAUCCUCUUCAGCGCGGGGUUCGUCCACAUAGUAGCUCCCCAGAGUAUCGGGUCAGGAAUUCCCGAAAUGAAGACCAUUUUACGCGGAGUCGCCUUGAAGGAAUACUUGACCUUCAGAACCUUGGUAGCGAAAGUAAUCGGCCUAACAGCUACCCUAGGCUCGGGACUGCCCCUAGGAAAGGAAGGUCCGUUCGUCCACAUCGCCAGUAUCGUAGCGACCUUGCUGUCCAAAUUGGUCACCAGUUUCCAAGGAAUCUACGAAAACGAGAGCCGUAACUGCGAAAUGUUAGCCGCAGCGUGUGCUGUUGGAGUGGCUUCGUGUUUUGCGGCUCCUAUUGGAGGUGUCCUGUUCAGCAUCGAAGUAACUACUGUCUACUUCGCGGUAAGAAACUAUUGGCGAGGAUUCUUCGCUGCCGUUUGCGGAGCUACCAUGUUCAGGCUGCUGGCGAUCUGGUUCCAGAGGGAAGAAACGAUAACUGCAAUGUUUGCAACUAACUUUACAAUGGACUUCCCAUUUGACCCCCAAGAAUUGUUCAUUUUUGCGCUAAUUGGGGUGGGCAGUGGAUUAGGUGGCGCUUUUUAUGUCUGGUUGCACCGACAGUACGUUAUAUUCAUGCGGAAGAACAAGAGUAUGAACUUGUUCCUACAAAAGAACCGAUUUCUGUACCCAGGAAUCGUUUCGCUGAUGGUAGCUUCGGUGUCCUUCCCAAUGGGACUGGGUCAGUUUAUGGCUGGGGAGCUCAACACCCACAACCAGGUCCAAGGACUCUUCACCAACUUCACCUGGACCAAGUCCGGACUCAGUGUCGAAGAAAUGAGCGUAGUUCAGCAUUGGUCCACUCCAUAUUCUGAUGUCUUCGUGGGACUGUUUGCGUACGCGCUUUUCACCUUUGUGUUUUCGAUUAUAUGCUCAACAGUGCCUGUGCCUUCGGGAAUCUUCAUUCCGGUGUUCAAAAUUGGCGCCGCUUUAGGGCGGGCUGUUGGUGAAGCAAUGGCGCUUUCUUUUCCCAACGGGGUCAGAUAUGGCAGAUUCAACACUCCUAUUACACCAGGGGGGUACGCAACUGUUGGAGCUGCAGCAUUUUCAGCGGGAGUGACCCACACCAUAUCCGUAAGCGUUAUAGUUUUUGAAAUGACCGGACAAAUCACUCACAUUGUUCCAAUAAUGAUCGCCGUGCUGAUUAGCAACGCUAUUGCUGCAUUACUUCAGCCGAGCAUAUACGACAGUAUUAUUCUCAUUAAAAAGCUACCUUAUCUGCCAGAUUUAUUACCCUCGAGUUCAGGCAUGUACAACAUCUAUGUGGAAGACUUCAUGGUCAGGGACGUAAAGUACAUCUACCAUGGAAUCAGCUACCAGAAGCUUAAAGACACCUUGAAGGACAACCGCAAGCUCCGGGGAUUCCCCUUAGUUGACAAUCCAGCUUCCAUGAUCCUAUUAGGCUCCAUCCAGAGAUUAGAACUGAUAAAACUAAUCGAGAAGCAGAUAGGAAGGGAAAGGAGGCUCCAGGUGGCUCAGAAGCUUCACAAGGAAGCAGAAGAACGCGCUAAGGAAGAAAUGGAAAGGCAAUUAAGGGAUCCGGAGCGAACUAGGCGGCCAUCGCGGUUUGAAGUGAUUCCAGCUCCGGAUAUUCUGAAGAUGCAGAGGCAAAGUGUCAGUGACUUGACCAAUGUAGAUCAUCACACUUUCCACACUCCGUGCUUCGGGACCCAGCCCAAGAAGUCAAUUCUCAAGAAAACCAACUCAUUUACACUCAAAGGGUUCAGUCCGUUGGUCAGUCCAGCGAUGACUCCAUACACCACAGUCACUGGAGCUGAGAGCAGGAUCAGAUUGGCCUUUGAAGCCAUCUUCCGCAAGUCUGCUACGCUUCAAGAUGUCGAUCCUGAUCCAGAAGUUGGAACUGUUGAUGGAGCUAGGAGGGACAGUUCUGAUGAAGCUAAUAUUCCGCCGCAUACUCCUAUGUUGGCGCCCAGUCCUGCUACUUCCAAGAAGGUCCAAUUGCCGAGGGAAAGGGUGAUAGAUAUGUCCCCCGAAGACCAGAAACGGUGGGAAGAAAGCGAAAUGGCCGCGGAUGUUGACUUCUCUAGGUGUCAUAUUGAUCCAGCUCCUUUUCAAUUGGUGGAGAGAACUUCGCUGCUCAAAGUUCAUAGUCUUUUUAGCAUGGUUGGCGUUAAUCAUGCUUAUGUGACUGCUAUUGGGAGACUUGUUGGUGUUGUUGCGCUUAAAGAGUUAAGAAAAGCAAUCGAAGACGCCAAUUCAGGCAUACCACCAGCGCACGCAGACAUAAAUCCAACAGUAUCAGUGUCCAGUUUAACCAAAAGUGACGCUGAAACCGAAAUCCUAAAGGACGAUGAUAAACUAAACUCUAUAAGCGUAAUCACAGACGACAAAUCUAAGGUUGAGAAUGUCUAA